AUGGGCUCUGAGGGGGCCCACACCCGGCCCAUGAAUAGCCCAAACUGCACAUGGGGAAUCUCCGGCGCGGUGGUUCCGGGAACGCGGGGCUCCGCGCGCGCGUGGCUCGUGCCGCCCUACCUCUUCAUCACCGUCCACCUCAUCAUCCUCGUCAUCUGGAGGCUCUCCGACCACAAGCUCCACCGCGACCACUCGCCGCCGCCGGCGCAAGAGGCGGCGGAGGAGCCGGCCGCGAAGCCCCGGGAUCUCGCGCGCAAGCCCACGCCGGAAUCGUGGCACGAGGAUCCGGCGCCGCCGCCGGAGUCGUCGGAGUCGUCGUCGUGUGUCACCACGGAGUCCGAUGAGGGAUCCACCGCGUCCUCGCGCGUGCUCGGCCUCAAGAGGAGCGUGAAACCCUCGCCGGGGAGCGUCAUAAGGGUCGAGGAGGAGGAGGAGGAGGAGGAGGAGGAGGCGGCGGCGACGGUGGGUGGGGACGAGUUGACGCGGCGGUUCGAGGACUUCAUCAGGAGGAACCACGACCAGAUCCGGCUCCAGAGGGAGGAGAUGAUGAUGAAGAAUCAAAAGAUGCGUUAAAUCGAAUCCAAAAUCCCAAUUAAUGAAGCUCUAAUUGAAGGGAUUAAUUACAAGUGUGUUCUCUCUCUUGGUGUUUUUAGAUCUCUCUUAGAUGGAGAGAAAACACACACACAACCAAAUUUUCAGGUCGUUUUCUUUUUAUUUGAAAUGCUAGAUAUGGGUGGAUGUUGCUGUUUUUAGAAUACAAAGUGACUUGCAUGCUGAUAGAGAAGAAGAAGAGUCUGGGUACUACUACUUUUUGUGUGUAUGUGUGUGUUUGUGUUUUACUUGUGUUCUUAUAAUUAACUCUCUUAAUAUAGUUGUUUUACUGAUUACACAGUUUUAUUUUGUUCUGGGUAUAUUAAGGUUUAAUAGUGUGCUGGAUUUAUGUGUUUGUGGAUAAAAUCUAGUUUUUGUUACUGGGUGGAGGGUCUUUGCUUACUGAAUUACUGCUAUAGUGCUAUAGUAAGAAUGUUACCAUUUGCUUUACAUAUAAAUUCCACUUCUCAUGCUUGCUUGGGCUAUUAA